CCUUCCUUCCUUCUUCCUUCCUUCCUAAAAUUUUAGGAUCUGUUUCAGACUGGAAGAGUGUUUCACCUUAAACGUGCCUGUAUUAGUUCUCAGAAAGGCAUGUGAGGCAGUAUUGCUAACUGAGGAAAAAAGUCUAUCAGUUCCACUCAGAUAACCUUUGGUAAUAAACGCACUCCAUGCACACUGUGACCUUAGAGCCUGAACUUUGUAGUCACAUGACCAGCUUGUAAACUGACCUUUGAGGAUGACUGUCCUCCGCUCUGCUUAGAGAAAGAAAUUGACCAAGUGUGGGAAGGGUAGUCAUCAAGCUGGCUUUGCUCUGUAAUCUCAGUUUCUUCAUGGCUUCGGUAGAACUUCUCAGCAGACGCGGAGAAGCAUGAAAUGGAGACAUGGGAAGUUUCUGUUCCAGAUGAUCGAGCUGAACAAAGAACCUGUCUUAUCUGUGGAGAUCGUGCUACAGGCUUGCAUUAUGGGAUCAUCUCCUGUGAGGGCUGCAAAGGUUUUUUCAAGAGGAGUAUUUGCAACAAACGUGUGUAUCGGUGCAGUCGUGACAAGAACUGUGUCAUGUCCCGGAAACAGAGGAACAGAUGCCAGUACUGUCGCCUGCUCAAGUGUCUCCAGAUGGGCAUGAACAGGAAGGCUAUCAGAGAAGAUGGCAUGCCUGGAGGCCGGAAUAAGAGCAUUGGGCCAGUGCAGAUAUCAGAAGAAGAGAUUGAAAGAAUCAUGUCUGGACAGGAGUUUGAAGAAGAAGCCAAUCACUGGAGCAACCAUGGUGACAGUGACCACAGUUCCCCUGGGAACAGGGCUUCAGAGAGCAACCAGCCCUCACCAGGCUCCACACUGUCAUCCAGAUCUGUGGAACUAAAUGGAUUCGUGACAUUGAGAGAUCAGUACAUGGGGAUGUCAGUGCCUCCACAUUAUCAGUACAUACCACACCUUUUUAGCUAUUCUGGACACUCACCGCUUCUGCACCCACAAGCUCGAAGCCUGGACCCUCAGUCCUACAGCCUAAUUCACCAGCUGAUGUCAGCAGAAGACCUGGAGCCAUUGGGCACACCCAUGCUGAUUGAAGAUGGAUAUGCUGUGACACAAGCAGAGCUAUUUGCUCUGCUUUGCCGCCUGGCCGACGAGUUGCUCUUUAGACAGAUCGCCUGGAUCAAGAAGCUGCCUUUCUUCUGCGAGCUCUCAAUCAAGGACUACACGUGCCUCUUGAGCUCUACAUGGCAGGAGUUGAUCCUGCUCUCAUCCCUCACAGUUUAUAGCAAGCAGAUCUUUGGGGAGCUGGCUGAUGUCACUGCCAAGUACUCACCCUCUGAUGAAGAACUACACAGAUUUAGUGAUGAAGGAAUGGAGGUGAUUGAACGACUUAUCUACCUAUAUCAUAAGUUCCAUCAGCUAAAAGUCAGCAAUGAGGAGUAUGCAUGCAUGAAAGCAAUUAACUUCCUGAAUCAAGAUAUCAGGGGUCUGGCCAGUGCCUCACAGCUGGAACAGCUGAAUAAGCGGUAUUGGUACAUUUGUCAGGAUUUCACUGAAUAUAAAUACACACAUCAGCCAAACCGCUUUCCUGAUCUUAUGAUGUGCUUGCCAGAGAUCCGAUACAUUGCAGGAAAGAUGGUGAAUGUGCCGCUGGAGCAGCUGCCCCUCCUCUUUAAGGUGGUGCUGCAUUCCUGCAAGACAAGCGUAGUGAAGGAGUGACCUGUCCCUGCACUGCCUCGGGUGCCGGCAGUGCCUUGGGUGGGCAGGACAAGCUCCAGAGGAGAGAGCCAGAGAGACCAAGAUGGAGACUGUGGGGCAGCUACCUCCAUCACGAGAAGAAUUUGUGUGUUUGUCUGUUUUUAACCUCAUUUUUCUAUAUAUUUAUUUCACGACAGAGUUGAAUGUAUGGCCUUCAACAUGAUGCACAUGCUUUUGUGUGAAUGCAGCAGAUGCAUUUCCUUGCAGUUUACAGAAUGUGAAGAUGUUUAAUGUUGCUGUGUUGUCAUUGUUUAGAGAUAGUUCUUUUGUAUUUUGAGGGAGAGGGUGGGAUGGACUACACGACUAUUUCCAUAAUAUUGACAAAGACAACUACCUCAAUGGAAACGGGGAUAUGACCAUCCCACCUUUUCCACAAUUUCUCAGCAGAGUACACUUGUCUGAUGGAAAACACACUGCCUUUUUAUCGCCUCAGACUUGCUAAGUAAAAGAGUAUGCCAAAUGAUCAAUAUGGUGUAGGGAGAUGCACUGAAGGCAGGUGGGACAGGUGAGGCAAUUUUCAUUUUAAUCUUCCAUGUUUGAGAAGACUAACCAUCACCUCAUCCCACAAACCCAAAGGGCAGAGAUGUGUGCUCCUCACUUCUGCUGCACCCCACACCCCACACACUGUUGUUUGUUGAAUGCCGCUGUCAAGUUUUCAUCCUAGCAGAGUCCUGACAGUAAAUCAGUGUGUGGGACUUGCUUCCCAGCUUCCUGGGGGCUCAGGGCUGCCUAGUUCCCUGAUCCAGAUCUUCCAAGGCUUCCUGCUUCAGACUCCAUCCCUCUCUCCUGUGAAUUUGACUCCUUGUCCUCUAGAAAUGUGACAGGAAAACACCCUGUUUUGAAUUCUGAUACCGUUUCUGAUUUAUUUUCCUUUCACUUGUUUCACUCAAAGAAUAGAGGGACAAAGGCCAGGCUGCUGACAGAAUAGACUCCUUUAGAAGCCCCUGUUUCACCCCAAGUUAUCCUCAGAACCAAAUCCAAAACUUCUUUUUUUUUUUUGGUGGUGGUGGUUUGGUUUGUUUUUUUUUUGUUUGUUUUGUUUUGUUUUGUUUUUGUUUUUGUUUUUUGAGACAGAGUUUCCCUGGCUGUCCUGGAACUCACUCACUCUGUAGAUUAAGUUGGUCUCAAACUCAGAGAUCUGCCUGCUUCUGCCCCCGAGUACUAGUAUUAUAGGUGUGUCCCGCCACCGCCGCCGCCGCUACCACCUGGCUAACACUGAAAUUUUUAAACAGUAGAAAGAACCAGAAACUUGGCUCCUAAAAUUUGUUGUAAGCUCUCCUAUUUCCAAAAUGAGAUCAGUUUGGUAGGGUUCUUAAACAGAAAGUCAAGAUCCAGAGAAGCCCAGCUCUUCCUUCAACUGUCAUCAGUGAUCUGGUCUACCAAGGCCUAGAGGGAUGGAGCCAGAGUGCCUGGAAGGGGAGAGGCUUUGGACUACCUCCCGUGUCCGAGGACUUCCUACUGCCUCUGCAGACAGGCAGCCUGGAUCCAUGUGCUUCACUGCCCGCCCCACCUGACUCCAGGGAGAGCGCUUGCCCCCCAGGCUUUGCCAGCACUGCGCCAACUUUGUCUUAGAGUUGUUUUAGCUGCUUUUACUUCCUUUGCCCACACCAUGCCUAACUACUGCCAUUGCCCCAGAUGGAUGCGUCACUGGCUGCAUCCCUUGGCUGACAUGCCACACCCACAGAAUCCCCUUGAGCCUGUUUGGUCAGGAACUGUGUACCCCCAAUGAAGCCUAGUUCACUUACCCAGGAGGCUACCACAUCCUGUGCAUCCUAGGUAGUCUUCGCUAGAGCUUUUCUCUAGUAAAAUGCUAUAGGUACCACCAAAGUGACACCUAAUGUCCCUUGAUGUCCAAAGUUCAGAGCAUUACUUCUCAGUCUGUUCCCCAGCCUCUCUGAGAAAGAAAGAAAGAAAAAAAAAAGAGAUGUGUUUCUCAGGAAAUUUCCAAACAUGUUGUGGGAAGAUUUGUAUGUGUUCAAGUGUCUGUUCGUUUCUAAGUUCACAAUAUUUUCCUUGAUUGCAUGAAUUUUUGUAUUUAAUGAACCAAACCACAUUCUUUGGCUCCAGGUCAGAGUCUCGGCUACUUUCCUCAAGCUGGAAGUCAGAGACAACCUCUUAGAAAUGCCUGUGUGCAGUAGCUUUUUUGCUUAGACCUCCAUUUGUCAAAUUGUUAGUUUUUGAAAUUGCUUUCAAAUUAACAUUUUACCUGAUGUGUUGACUGUCAAAGCUCUGAUGAGGCAAAAACAUGUCUCUCCAAUAAUGUAGUAUUAAACAGAGCAAGUUGUUAAUCUGUAGAGUGGGGGAAAGGUUCUGCAAGUUGCCAUUGUACAAAUCCAUUUUUACAAAUGUUUGCAGCAGAUUCCACAGAACAAAGAGCCCAUUCAUUGCCAAGAGCCCUGCAGAAUCUCUGAGCCAAGUGGCUGUGUGUUCUGAGCUGGAGCCUGACCUGUGGGCCGCCUUUAAUGUCUUCUGUACCCAGUCUUUUUCUGACAUGGGCUUCUUUUAAACAGGGUAAAGUGAAUGUACUGCAUUGCAAACUCAGGUAUUAUGAGGAGAAGGUAGGAGUGUAGCUGGCAGUGUGGAGACAUUAGGUCAGCCACUAGAUGUAUUUGUGAUUUUGGUUUGAAGGACACAGAGAAAGGUUGGAGGGGGAGGUUUGGUGUGCUUGUUUUUUGCCUUUUUUCCCAUAAUGUUUGGUUAACAGGCAGCCUUUUUGCUAGUGGAAGAAGGAAAAAUUUGUGCAUGUUAUCUCUCAUUCCUCUCUUUUGUCCUCUCUGAUCCUGGCUACUAAAAGUACUCACUUUGAGUGAGGGUUUUUUUUUUUUCCACCAUAAAAAAUACAGCUCAAAAGCCAUGUGGAAAAGGCGAAUCCAUCUCCUUGCAUUAUGCCAAAAACAUAUAGGCUUCCCCUUCCUUUUCUUGUGUGUUUGCUUGAGCCAAGACAAAAGUUUGGAGUCUUGGAGAUUUGUAAUUCAUGUUUUCUGGCUCCCUUUGUAGACCUUUGGUGUUCUUUGCAAGGUUUAGUGGUCUCACCCUUAGCUUGGAGAAAUUCCCUACAACUCAUCUCAAAGCACUCCACCUGGCUCAGGACACUUGUCCCCAAGGCCAACCUACAGCUGAAGUGGGCAGGAAUGAACCGCCCCAUCCUGAUGGGCUGAUGGUAGAACUAGGAGGGGUAGGAGAACAUAGAGGCAUCUCUCAAAGUUGCCACUCCACACAGUCUGAAACAGCUGUCUAGCCCUGCCCGUCGCAGGCAGCCUUAAGUUGUGGCCAAGGCUAGCCAAAGUAAAGGGCCCUGGCCUCCCGUAGAGCAGACAGCUGAGCAGACACUCUGCAGCUCUGUCUCUGUAACACUGUUCUUUGUGGUCUUUCCUUACUGCUUUCUUUAAUGGCAGUUUUUAAGAAAUUCAGCUGUUCAGACAAGCCCUUAUAUUAAACUUUUGAUUUUUUUUUCCUUAUUGCUUUUUAAAAUUUUAGAAAGAAAACCCACUAACUGGCUCCCCCACCUUGGUCCAUGGGAAUACCCGCAUGCCCCUCUGCCGUUGGUCCUCCUCCCUUUUCCUCAUGCCCAGUGUCCAUGAAGUAGUGUUUUAUCUGUGUCUUAGGAUGAAAAAUGGCAAUCAUCCCACCAGGUGCUAGAAACUGGUCAGCGUUGAAGCAGGCACUUCUGGGGCCACAGCUCAGGGAUGUGUAUUUAAUUACAGGGUCCCCAGAAAGCCUGCUCUUGGCUACCACAAGUGACAUCUUUCCUGGACUUGAGAGCCAAACCCUGACUACUUCCUCAGAGGGAGCAGCCUGUCUACUGAGCUAGAAGCAAGCUGCCUCUUUGGCUAGGUCUGGGCUUCCUCAAGACUUGUGACCAUCCUACCCAUGAGCCUCAGUGGUGCUCACAGGAGGUCUGGCCCUUCUGCCCAGGACAAGCCCUCUUCUUGGCUGGAAGUCCUAAAAUACCCCAGCUUGCUUGGCUAGCAGUUGUAGGCUUAAAUGGAAGUGGUGGGAAAGGCCAGGUCCUGCUCCAAACCCAAGAAAAAUGUGCUACUGGUGGAGGCUAGUUAGUCUUCCACACGCUGAAGCCAGCCCUGCCAGCCAAAGGGCUCUCUUGCUCUUUGGUGACCUUUUUCUUAGCUGAAAUAUAAUAGGUGAUAAUGUUUUUAACUCAAAUUUCCAUGAUUUAAAAAAAAAAAACUACCUCUUAAUUGACAUCCUGAUGGAUUCCCCUCUGAGGAGUCUGUGGGAAAAGAAUAGCUCCCGUGUGUUUACAUGUUUCUGUCGGGAACGAAACCCUGGACUGUUGGUGUUAUUGUCUGUGUUGCCUGUGAUAGGGGCUUGUGGCUGUAUUGUACUGUCUGGGCAGUGUCUAGAGAGUUCUCUCCACCUGCCCAGCUAGGGACAAGCCACCCUGGAAGAGGCCUUCUUACGCUCCAUAGCUUGGAUUUCAGGGGCUUUGAUGGCAAGUGCAUCAUGGGCCUACCUUAGGCUACCUGCCAGUCCUCCCACGGCCCUACAUAGGAAUCGAAUGAAUAGGAUGUCUCUGAGCCCUUGUUCCCAAAGGGCCGGCCAAGGGCUGCCUGCCAGCCUGGCUCCAUCAACCCUGCAUGACCAAGUGAUAGUUGGCGGGCUCUGCAGGCUGCUCAGGCCCUCUGCUACCUCCCACACUUGCCUGCGGGCAAGGGGUGGACCCUGUUCUGUGAAUUAACUACCUGUGGAAAUGUGACCAAUUAGUGUGAAAUGCAUGUUUAGCGAGCAUUAGGUACUGUAUUUGAACCAAUAAAUGUGAAUCCUCUGCACAUA